GGUUUUAGAAAUGAUGCUAACAAAAUUCUCACUCAUAGUCAUGCUGGCUAUUGGUUUUGCAAUUUCUGAACUGACUCCACCACAGGAAUGGGUACGUAAAUGCACAGACAAGCUAGUCAACAACACUUGGAAAUCUGUGGGUUGCAAGGUGUUCGCUACCUCUUCUUGCCCUUCAGAACUAUUGGCAACUGAACAGAUGAUGUGUGCAUCACCCUACACUUUCACAGAAAUCAAGAGCUUGCAUAAUGCCUACGUAACCGAUAUCAUUGAAAGGACCGAAGACGACUGCUUUGCUGCGUGUUUCGAAAACGAGAGAUGCAUUGCGCUACAGUAUCUCAAAAAUACCGUGUGUUGGUUGUACGUCGUUGGACCUCAUUCAUUUGGGCCAAUACAAGGCGUCAAAAACUUCUACAGGCUGAACCGUGAUCCGAUAUAUCUGCCAAGAAGUGUGGCUAUUCCCAUGCUGUGAAGACGAGAUAUACGUAUCCUUUGAAGAGUUGUAAUUCAACUUAACCCAGCUUCUAUAAAACUUGCGCAUUAU